AUGGGGUUUGAUGAUGGACAGAUACUCUUGGACAGUGAUAAUGGUGCUUAUUUUCCCGGUCAAACUAUCUAUGGUCAAAUGGUUUUUGACCAAGGAAAAGCUAAAACUAUUCACGGUAUAUAUAUAAGUUUUAAAGGGUUCUGCAAAGUGCAUUGGACUACAACCGAGACGCGUCGUGUCAAUAAUCGAACUGUAACUAAGCAGGUACACCACGAAUCUUAUGAAGAGUACUUUAACAGGAAGGUGUUCGUGUUGGGCAAUGAAAAUGACGAUCAUCAGUUGCAGCCAGGUCACCAUGAGUUCAACUUCGACUUUCCCCUUCCUAUCAACAUUCCAACUUCCCUCGAAGCCGACUAUGGGCACAUCCGGUACCGUGUCAAAGCCGUCAUGGUCACGUCUGGGAUAUUCUCGUCGAAUAAAGAAAAAAUGGCCGCUCUCAGAGUGUUUGUGCCCGUUAAUUUAAAUCUGAAUCCUUAUUGUCAGGAACCUGUACAGCUGGAGCUAAUAAACUCUUACUGCUGUUGGUGCGCAGCUGCUGGUUCCUCCGAGGUUCGAGUUAAGAUGCCAGUGGGGGGGUACUGUCCCGGUCAGACCAUACCGCUCGAAGUCAAGGUCUCAAACCUUAGUCGUGUUGACAUUGAUGAGAUAAAGAUGACCAUUAAAAGGGCAAUACGAUUCGAAGCAGUUUCACGACCAGGCGUCCGCACAGAAAAGUACAUAGUGGCACAAAUCAAGAAAGGCCCUGUGGUGAGCGGCACCGCUCCUGAAUGGAACUUGGAGAUGCCCAUCUCAGCCAUGGAGAUAUAUAACUUCGAUACCUGCAAGUAUAUUGAUGUCAGCUACACUUUCAAGUUGUCAAUAGAAGUCAGCGGUUGCCACCAAGACGCUGAUGAGUCUCACCCCAUAAUAUUUGGCAAUAUUCCAUUAGUGGGCUUCCAGGAUAACGUACUAAACCCACUUCAAGACCAAAUGCCUAAAAACAUGCCGGGUGAAAACAUACAAAGCGGCAACUACUAUCCUGCUCCAGCAAUCAUCCCCCAACCACAAGCUGUUACGGCUCAGCCUAAUGGCAACUACCAACAAAAUACUCCUUACCCUGGACCACAACCUUAUCCAGGGAUCCAGCCUUAUCCAAACCCAGGCAACCAACCUUACCCCUAUCCAGGAAACCAACCUUACCCGAAUCCAGGCAAUCAGCCUUACCCUAAUCAACCUUAUCCGCCCCAAGGAAAUCAGCUUUACCCGAACCAACCUUACCCAAUUGUCACACCUUACAGUGAUAGUGGUUCUCCUUACCCAGCUGGAAAUCUACCUCAACCAUCCCCAGUUCCUUUACCUGGCCCAGAGCCUGUGACUAAACCAGCUGUCACUAACUCUAAUUUAGUCAAAACUGAAAAGUUCGGCGUAGUGGUGAGCGGUGAUGGGGCAAGUGUGCCGCUUUUGCCCCCUGAGUCCAGCCCACCACCCUAUCCCACCGGCCCUCCGUCGAGUCCCUACGGAGCACCUUCAGCACCACCACCUUAA